CCGCCCCUCGGCCGCGUUUCCCCUGGGGUAGUCCUUUUUCCUGAGGGAUCAACGAGUGGACGCCAAGAUUCCUUCCUCUACUGCGACCCUUUUUCCAACCCUUUUGUCGCUCCCACGCCUUAGCCUGUGGUCUUUUCCUUCCCAGAUGGGUUUCCGGCGUCCUCCCUUCUCCACUGAUUUUAUUUUUCUGUUUCCAAAUCACUUCUGCCUGCCUGCCUUGUUGAAGCUGUGCCAGAGGCGGGAAAUCUCCUCUUGGCUGGCUCGAUGGUUCCCCAGGGACCCAGCCAAACCCGUGGUGGCACAGAAAACACCCAUCAAGUUGGAGCUUAUUGCCGGGAAAACCUACAGAUGGUGUGUAUGUGGCCGAAGCAAGAAGCAACCCUUCUGUGAUGGCUCCCACUUCUUCCAGCGCACUGGCCUUUCCCCACUCAAGUUCAAGGCCCAAGAGACCCGCACAGUGGCCCUAUGUACCUGCAAGGCCACCAAGCGUCCUCCUUAUUGUGAUGGUACCCACAAGAGUGAGCAAGUACAGAAAGCAGAAGUGGGAUCCCCACUCUGAGGGGUACUCUGGCUCCCAGCCUUCUGCAGGCUUCCCCUCUGUGAAGGCAUGGAAGGGGGCAUCCAAGGACCACCACUGCUUUUUAGUAACUGUUCCUGAAGAACCUGUGACCUCCUGCUGUUCAGUGUGUUGUGAACCAAGCCUGGUUCAAUACCUGGUAAAGCUGUCAUUAAACAAUGAGGCCCACCCUCUAA